AUGAAAAAACUUGCCUGCUGCAAUAAGGGAGAGAAAACUGAGGAUGAUUUCGAUAAAAAACAAAUACCGGCUGAAUAUGGUGUAAACAGAAAGCGUUCAUGCACAGAUGUGCUCUGUAUACCAGUAUUUAUUCUAUUUUGGAUAGGAAUGUUUGUCAUUGCAGGAUUUGGAUUUUGGUCGGGAAAUCCGGCAGCUCUUGUUGAGCCUAUUGACUACCAAGGAAAUAUGUGUGGUUACGCAAUCGGGAAAGGUAAUGAUAACAUGGUAGAUUUGAAAAACAAAACUUUUCUGUGGUAUCCUUUCGAGUUUCGGCCUGAGCAGAUCAAAGAUAUCACAACGGCAAGACUUAUCUCUGCUUUGGGCAUGGGUAUUUGUGUUAAAGAAUGUCCAUCGUCCCUAGUUAGUAUUUUGAAUCCUCUCUCAACAGCUGUGCUUGAUUCUGUAGUUUGCAAAUAUGACGUGAAUGACACGAAUGCUUUAACUCGUGCAAAGAAAGCAUACGACGGAGACGGUUGCUAUUUCAAUUACUUUACCCAUGAAACAUAUUUUAAACGAUGCAUACCAGUUCUGGAUAAUACAACCAUGGACCUCGUAACGAAAACUACUUUCAAGCAAACAAUGAAGGUCACAAACGGUUUAAAGCAAGGUUUGUCAGAGGUUUGGAGAUCGUGGCUCCCUAUUCUUAUAUCUUCUGUGUUGAGCUUAAUUUUAUGCUUUACGUUUGUAUUGUUUAUGAGACUGUUCGUAGGAAUUGUUGUGAGAGUCAUUCUGGUUGUUAUUGCCUUGAUAAUGGGAGUUGCUGGUGGCUACAUCUUAUACAUUGGUGUGAAAAAGUAUCUCGAGUCUGAAUCGAACGGAGUGAUUGACACAACAAUGCGAACUGCCUCUCAAUGGUGGAUGGGAAUUGGAGGUACAAUUCUGGGGUUGUUACUCAUUUAUCUUGUUCUUAUGAUCUUCCUCUGGGGACGAAUAAGAAAGGCCAUAGCAAUCAUUAAGGAAGGUAGUAGAGCAGUGAACAAGUUUCCUACCUUGAUUAUUAUUCCAGCAGUUUCAUUCUUAUUAAUUUGUGGACUUACCGUAUGGUGGGCAGUUGUUGCUGUAUUCCUUCAAAGCGCACAAAAACCUGUCACUAUUGCUGCCAAUGACCCCAGAUGGAGCUCGUACAUGACUGAAAUUUCUACAUUUAUGAACACUACCAAAUUCUCAAACACAUCCAUCACCAUUGAUCAAGGAACAACUGCUUUGCAGGUUCUUGGCUUGUAUAAUCUCUUUGCCUAUUUCUGGGGAGUGGCAUUUAUCGAAGCCAUUGCCUGUACUACAAUUGCUGGUGUUGUGGCAGGGUGGUACUUUGGGGGUAUUGGAAACGACAAAAAGACAGAAAAGUUUUCAGUGUUCAAAUCUUUUUGGAGAGUUCUCAGGUAUCACAUUGGUUCUAUGAUAUUCGGAUCACUUGUCGUUGCAAUUGUUCAAAUGAUAAGAUAUUUAUUCAAGAAAGCCAAAACACGACUUCAAAAAUUAGCCCAAGAGAAUACUGUUGCAAACUGGAUUAUUAAGGUAUUUGAUGCAGUUUUGUGGGUUGUGGAGAAAAUAGUUAGAUUCAUGAAUAAGAACGCUUAUUUAAUGAUUGCCAUACAUGGAAGCAACUUUUUAAUGAGCUCUUCAAGAGGAUUUAUGAUUGUCAUGGAGAAUAUCUUGAUUGUAGGAACAACUAAUGCAAUCAGUGAUGUUGUAUUAUUUUUAGGAAGAGUAUUAAUUACUGUAGUUAGCUCAGUCAUCUGUUACCUUAUCAUUGACUUGAACAACACAUAUCAAUUCCUUGUAGUUGUUUUGCCUGUUGUUGAAUACGGAAUAAUACCAUCGUUGGUUACUGCUGUGAUUACUUUCCUCAUUGCCUCCCUAUUCAUGAACUUGUAUGAUACAGCGAUUGACACUAUUCUUAUUUGUGUUAGCUACGAACUGCACAUUAAUCCAAACGAAAUUAAGGGUCCAUACUUUAUGAGUGACAGGCUUAGAAAAAUUUAUUUAGGAAAGCUCAAAAUGGAUCGUAUUGGAGAUUUCAGUUGUUGCUGUUGCACUUCACAAGGCGAGAGCUAUGAUGAUGAUGUGAAGGUGAAGGACAAGGAGCUGAAAGAUGAAAAAUCUAAAGAUAAGGACCAAAAACCUGCUAAAAUGUAA